AUGCUCCCCGCUCGCCUCGCCUCUCGCUCUCUCCUGCGAACCGUCGCUCCUCGACCCACCUCGGUAAGACGAACAGCUGUGACGGAGAGCCGCCUUCGUCGCCUCGGCAGCGGCUGUUGCCAACCUCCAAAGUCUCCUGCAAACCCUCCUACAAACCAUCCGACAGACCAUCCUACAGACCAUCCUACAGACCAUCCUACAGACCAUCCUACAAACCAUCCUACAGACCAUCCUACAAACCAUCCUACAAACCCUCCUACAAACCCUCCUGCCAAGCCUAUCCCUUCCUUGACGAAGCCAUCUUCCUUCUUCGACUUCAACGCCAUGGCCUCGGACGCACACAAACGCCCCUCGUCUCCCGAGGAGGUUUCGGAAUACCUCCGGGAAACGCACGAACGGCUCUUCCAGAACAACCGCGCCUGGGCCGCUGACAAGGCGGAAAAGGACCCCGGCUACUUUGCUCGCCUCGCCGCCGGCCAGUCCCCCGAGUAUCUUUGGAUCGGCUGCUCCGACUCACGCAUCCCUGCCGAGCAAAUCACCGGUCUCGAGCCGGGCGAGGCCUUCAUCCACCGCAACAUUGCCAACCUGGUGUGCAACACGGACCUGAACGUUAUGAGCGUCAUCAACUACGCCGUCCGCCACCUCGGUGUCAAGCACAUCAUCGUCUGCGGCCACUACGGCUGCGGCGGUGUCAAGGCGGCCAUGACGCCCAAGGAUCUCGGCCUGCUGAACCCCUGGCUGCGGAACAUCCGCGACGUCUACCGCCUGCACGAGGACGAGCUGGACGUCAUCGAGGGCGAGGAGAAGCGGUACGAGCGCCUCGUCGAGCUCAACGUCGUCGAGCAGUGCCGCAACAUCAUCAAGACGGCCGCCAUCCAGCAGUCGUACGCGAAGAACAAGUAUCCCAUCGUCCACGGCUGGGUCUUUGACUUUCACAACGGCCUGCUCAAGGACCUCAAGAUUGACUUCCAGGCGACGCUGAAGAAGGUGCAGAAGCUGUACAACCUCGAGGAUUGA